AUUCCAUUCAUCCGGCGGUUUUUCGGUACUGCGUACUCCUUUAUUGCAUCAAAACUCAUGGCGUCGGAGCAUCACCACCGGUACCACUCGAUGCCGGAAUCUUCGUCCACCACGAUGGCGUCCUUCUUCUCCUUCGCCUACGCUCCAGCUCCCGAAGGCACUUCUAUUUUCGACGAGUUGCCCAAAGCCACGAUCGUCUCCGUCUCCAGGCCUGACGCUGGCGAUGUCAGUCCCUUGCUGUUGACUUAUACAUUCCUGUUCCGGUACAAGCAGUUCAAAUGGCACCUUGUAAAGAAAGCUCCGCACGUGUUUUAUCUACACUUUGCGUUGAAGAAACGCUUGUUAUUUGAAGAAAUUCAUGAGAAGCAAGAACAGGUUAAAGAAUGGCUUCAAAAUCUAGGAAUAGGAGAUAAUGCACCAGUUGUGCAAGAUGAAGAUGAACCAGAUGAUGAUCCUGUUCUUUUACACCAUGAAGAGAGUGUUAGAAACAGAUGUUCCAUCAAGUGCUGCUUUGGCGUCAUACGGCCCGUCCUUGUGAGGCAGUCUUCUAUAGCAGACAGAGCAAAGGUAGCAAUGCAAGAAUAUUUGAAUCACUUUCUGGGUAACUUGGAAAUCGUCAACUCCCGAGAGGUUUGCAAGUUUUUGGAGGUUUCAACAUUGUCAUUUUCACCUGAGUAUGGCCCUAAGCUGAAGGAAGAUUAUGUAAUGGUGAAGCAUCUACCAAAAAUUGUUAAGGAUGAUGAUUCUAGAAAAUGUUAUGCAUGCAAUUGGUUUGAUUGUUGUAAUGACAACUGGCAAAAGGUGUGGGCUGUACUCAAACCUGGAUUUUUGGCCUUGCUAGGAGACCCUUUUGAUACCAAACCUUUAGAUAUAAUUGUUUUUGAUGUGCUACCACCCUCUGAUGGUAAUGGUGAGGGCCAAGUUUCAUUAGCAGUUGAUGUAAAGGAACGUAAUCCUUUGCGCCAUGCAUUUAAGGUCACUUGUGGAAACCGGAGCAUAAGGAUACGAACCAAGAGUGGUGCCAAAGUUAAAGAUUGGGUUGCUGCAAUUAAUGAUGCAGGCCUUAUGCCUUCUGAGGGUUGGUGUCAUCCUCAUCGUUUUGGCUCAUUCGCUCCUCCCAGGGGUUUGACAGAAGAUGGUAGUCAGGCCCAAUGGUUCGUUGAUGGUAUGGCAGCCUUUGAUGCCGUUGCUUCAUCCAUUGAGAAUGCUAAAUCUGAGAUAUUUAUGUGUGGCUGGUGGCUUUGCCCUGAAUUGUAUCUACGGCGUCCCUUUCAUGCUCAUGCUUCCUCCAGGCUUGAUGCUCUAGUAGAAGCCAAAGCUAAGCAAGGGGUUCAGAUAUAUAUCCUUCUCUACAAAGAAGUAGUGCUUGCUUUGAAAAUCAACAGCAUAUAUAGCAAGAAGAGGUUUCUUAAAAUUCACGAGAAUGUGAGGGUAUUGCGUAAUCCUGAUCACUUCUCUAGUGGUGUUUACUUAUGGUCCCAUCAUGAAAAGCUUGUAAUUGUUGAUCACCAUAUUUGUUUUAUUGGAGAACUUGAUUUAUGUUUUGGUCGCUAUGACUCACCUGAACACAAGAUUGGUGACAAACCUCCUUUAAUAUGGCCUGGAAAGGACUAUUAUAACCCAAGGGAAUCUGAACCAAAUUCAUGGGAAGAAACAAUGAAAGAUGAAAAUAAAGCUCCAUAUGAGGAAGCAAUUCCACUGCUCAUACCUCGGCAGCACAUGGUUAUUCCACAUUAUUUGGGUAGAAAUCAGGAGAUUCUAGAAUCAGUGAGCAAGGCUUUUGAAGAUAAUUCAAAAAACAUGAAAAGACAGGGUUCCUUUUCUUCUAGAUCAUCUUUCCAAGAUAUUCCACUACUUAUGCCUCAAGAGGCUGAGGAAUUGAGUGGUUCCAAUGGAUCCCCAAAGUCAGUUUGGUUGGACACUACUACAAGAAAAAGCGUUUCUUUUUCUUUCCAAAAGUCAAAAAUAGAACCCUUCGUUACAGAUACACCAAUGAAGGGCUUUGUAGAUGAUCUUGAUGCCUUGUAUUUUCAUAAAAAACCCUCAGAACUUAAAAAGCAGCUUACUACAGACACAGAGUGGUGGGAAAAACAGGAGUGGGACAAUCAGAUCAGUUUAGUUGAGGAAAAUGGAUCUGUUGGUCCACGUGCAUCAUGCCGUUGUCAGAUUAUAAGGAGUGCCAGUCAGUGGUCUGCCGGCACCAGCCAAGUUGAAGAAAGCAUUCACUGUGCUUAUUGUUCUCUCAUUGAGAAAGCAGAACACUUUAUCUACAUUGAGAAUCAAUUUUUCAUAUCCGGUCUUACAGGAGAUGAAGUUAUACGGAAUCGUGUGCUAGAAGCGUUAUGUCAGCGUAUUAUGCGGGCAUAUAAUGAUAACAAGUGUUUCAGGGUUAUUGUUGUGAUACCACUUCUUCCUGGGUUCCAGGGUGGCAUUGAUGAUAGUGGGGCAACAUCAGUAAGAGCUAUAAUGCAUUGGCAGUAUCGAACCAUUUGCAGAGGACAGCAUUCCAUAUUGCAUAAUCUUCAUAAACUUCUUGGUCAUAAAGCUCAGGAUUACAUUUCUUUCUAUGGCCUUAGAGCUUAUGGUAAACUUUUUGAUGAUGGUCCCGUUGCCACCAGUCAGGUAUAUGUGCAUAGUAAAAUCAUGAUUAUUGAUGACUGUGCUGCCUUGAUUGGAUCAGCUAAUAUCAAUGAUAGGAGUUUGCUUGGUUCAAGAGAUUCUGAGAUUGGUGUGCUUAUUGAAGACAAAGAGUUAGUUGAUUCAUGUAUGGGAGGAAAACCAUGGAAGGCUGGAAGAUUUGCUUUGAGUCUUCGCCUCUCAUUGUGGUCUGAACACCUUGGUCUCUGCCAAGGAGAGGUGAAUCAAAUAAUUGACCCAAUAAGUGAUUCAACUCAUAGAGAUAUAUGGGUCGCAACUGCAAAGAUGAAUACCACCAUUUAUAAGGAUGUGUUUUCUUCUGUUCCCAAUGAUCACAUACAUUCCAGAUCCACGUUCAGACAAACCAUAGCAUCCCUGAAGGAGAAACUCGGUCACAAUACAAUUGAUUUAGGUAUAGCCCCUAAGAAGCUAGAAACACACCAAAAUGGAGAAGUCAAACAAACAGAUCCCAUGGAUAGAUUAAAGUCAGUGCGUGGACAUCUUGUUUAUUUCCCUUUGAAUUUUAUGUGCAAAGAAGAUUUAAGACCAGUGUAUAAAGAGAGUGAAUAUUAUGCAUCUCCUCAGGUUUUUCAUUAAGUGGGGAGUUAAUUAGAGCCCCAUUAUUUUCAUUCUAUUCAAUCAACUCCAAAUUCUCCU